UUGCUCUUUUCAAGGUCCCGCCAACUCUAAGAUUAAACAGGAAGGCUGACGUUUCUUACCCUUGUCUUACCCGGAUUCUACCUGGAAGCUCAGCUCUCAGAACACAUCAUUUGCAACACAAAUGGACAUCCUUUAACUUGCUUCAGAAGACUACUUUUUAUGUGGUGAACAGAAGUGCUUCUUGGAGAGAUUGUUCCUGAAAAAAUACAAGCUGAUCCUUGGCCUGGUCGUGGAUACCAUGAGAGAUCCUGCCACUCAGAAUUUCACUUUUUAUAUGAACAAAAGAGAGGAGUGUAAUCAUUCUAAAUAUUUGCAGUAAUCCAGCCAGAUAUUUGUCCUCAUCUAAGCUUGGUCAGUUCUUUUGUUUCUGAUGAAAUGGAAGGUGGUUCCAGACCUUGUCUUGACAUUUUAUGUGAAAAUGAAUGUGUCAACACAGAAAAGGAUACCAAAGCCUGUAAAUCAGAAGAAGAGUACUUUUACAGAGGGGGAAAAGUCUCAUGGCUAAACUUUCAUCUGUCUGAGAUGCCAGAAUCCCUACCUUUUAUCAAAAGGGAUAAGCAUGAAGAUCUGAAACAAUUAAUUGAAAAACAAAGCAAUCUUUCCAGAAGUUUAGGGUGUGUUAAUUUAUUUCAUUAUGCAGGCUGUGGUGGAACUACUUUAGCCAAGCAUGUUUUAUGGGAUUUGAGGAAAGUAUUCAAGUGUGCCGUGCUUAACAAUAACUUUGCUAAGGCAGCUGCCAUUGCUUGUCAGGUGAUGGACUUAUUCAUGGAGGGCGAAAGGAAACAGACUGUACUCCUUUUAGUAGAUGAUUUGGAAGCAUCUGAAAAUAUUUACGAACUACGAAAGUGCAUCCUGGAUGAAAUCGAACAAAAAAACAUUAAUCCUAAAAGCCCAGUGGUUAUAAUAUUAAGCUGCAUAAGAUCUGAGGAUCCUGCAGAAAGCAUGAAUACAAGCUUCACAGAGAGCGUGUACAUAACCAACAAACUGUCAGAGACGGAGCAAUCCUUAUUUGAGGGAAAAUUACAGGCAAUACAAGAAUCUCAUGAAAAUCAUGAAACGUUCUAUGGAUUUCUGAUCAUGAAAAAUAAUUUUCAAGUAAGCUACGUUAAAGAUGUCGUCCAUAAAACAUUCAAAGACCUACAAGUCAGCAGUAAAAAAGCAAAGCUAAUUUCCUUUCUAGCCUUGUUGAAUUCUUAUGUAUCCAAUUCUUCGCUGUUAGGGUCUGUUUGUGAGAGUUUUUUACAAUCUAAAGAUCCACUACAUGGCAGUAAACCUUUGGAAGAACAGAUGAAUCCUUAUUCUGAUCUUUUAAUUUGUUUUACAAAUUCAGAGAAGACCGAGAGAGUUCGCUCGGCUCAUAAAAUGAUUGCCACUCAGUGUUGUGAAGAGCUGGGAGCAAAACAACGAAGCAGAAGCAAGAUUACAAAAGACUUGCUCUCAUCUUUGUUUGUGAAGGAAAUGGAUGCAGAUAAUUUGCUUAUGCGUGACAUCCAAGAUAUGCUGGUCAGAAGGCAAAAAAGCACCAAGUUUUCUCAAUUGAUUGAAGAAAUACGACGGUGUGAGAGAAACAAUUACAAAUGUAUUGAGAUUUUCACCAAAGCAGCCGUGUUGUUUGAAAAGAAUGCAGUUCUUCCUCAAGCGCUGGCAAGGUUUUAUUAUAUCAUAGAGAAAAACUUUCCAAAGGCAAUCGAAUGGGCAGAAAGGGCUAAAAAGACAGCUGGAAAUAAUUCAUUUGUUGCUGACACUUUGGGACAGGUCUACAAAAAUCAAAUGCGCUCUAAACGUAAACCAGAUCUUAGUCCUGAUGAGUUGGAUGAAUUUCUCAAAGUGGCAGAAAAGGCCAUUGGUGCAUUUCGGGAAGAACAAGAUUUAGCUAAUAAAGAAGGUCCAGCUGACUUAGAGAAUCAGUGGACUAGAAAAAGGCCAAUGAUUUAUAAUACCAGUGGGUUCUUUGGUGAGCUGGAAGUUGCUGGGUGUGUCUCUGACACUCUUUCCAUGUUGUACCCACUCAAAGAGGAAAUGAAGAAAUUCUUAAAAAAUGAAUUGCAAAUUGACAGCAUCCAUAUAACUGAUCGUAACAAACAGUUCCUUCGAGUACUUAAGAACAGGUCUUUCCUUCCCACACUAAAAGGCCGUGUUAAAAAGGUCUUUGCUUUUUAUGAGACCUAUCUCACUUACUCCAAACCAAAUCAGAUGAAAGAAGAGAAAGAUUACAUUCCCAAAAGUGUGUCUGGUUGUUUUCUGAAGUAUACAAGUUCAGAAUGUAAUGGUCACGUAGAACCCAAAGCUGAGGAUGAAAGGGUCGAUCAGAAGAGAAAAUAUUUAGAGACACAAAGAGCUGCAAGUUUUCCAGGACUCCUUCACUGCCUCUGUGAGAGAAGAGACCCUGACACAAUGGAGAACAUUUACCAGAGUUGGCAAUACAUUUACAAUUCAAGAAAAAAAACUAAAGAAGAUAAAUUAAACUUUAUCUUGGCGAACAUUGUCCUUAACUGCAGCAACCCAGAGUCUGGGAAUAUUACAGAGCCCACAGUCCUGGAAGGUAUCCUGACAGAUGUACUGCAAGAUGAAGAAGAAGAUAAACCUCAAACCUCAGCAGAGAUGUAUUUCCUAGCUUUGCUGCUGUUGUGGCCACAAGAAGGUACCGAGUCAUACGUGAAACAAAUCUGGAAAUGCUUUGGAAACCAGUAUGAAAACUAUCUUCGUUCAAGAUUUAUUGUACCUCAUUUCUUCCUUGGACAGUCCUCAGGACUAAACAGAGUUGUCCACAAAUCCAAAAUCGAUACCUGCUUAGUUCAUUUUUCUGAGACAAUAAACCAACUUUGGCAGAGUGGAGGAGUGUGGAAAAACGACAAGGUCAAAAACUUACUGCGUCGUGUAGAAGGCAGAACCGAGGGUCACAAGGUGUUUGCUCAGUGCGGCAAUGUAAAAAUCAGAGUGCAGCCUGCUAACAGAGAACACAUAAGAAGAGACGACAAAGUCUCUUUUUUUCUUGGGUUUACCAUUAAAGGGCCAGUAGCAUACGAUAUUCAAUACUAAUGGGGAAGCCCUGUAGAGAGUAAGUGAAAUUGUUCAUGACAGAAAAAGCUUCAGUUGUUAGCUUCACACAGUGCUGGCAUUAGGGGGCCCCAGCCUUGAGAUCAAUUAUUUUUUUUUGUUGAGCUAUUUACAAAGAAGACAUUUAUUAUUAUUUGUUUUAUGAAUUUCAGUUUGUAAACAAAAUGAAAUAAGUUCUAGCAAUGUUCAAAAUGGUUGUGCUGAAUAACUGAAGCAAACUUAUUGUGGGCACUUUAUGUAUCAAUAGUUAUCUCAUUCCUGAAUAGCUUUAGGGAUAUUGAUUUGACGUGUGUUCAUAUAAUGUUGUUUUUCGCUUGUAUUGAAUGCAUUUGUACUAUGGGCUAAGUCUUGAAAUGCAGACAUGUGUUUGUUUUUUAUAGAAAUGUUUUUUUUGUACUUGAUAACCUAACAUUAAUUUUAAAACUCGAAAAAAUUGAUGCCUCUGAUUAAUUGGUUUGUGUGAAUAAUUUCAAUCUGUAAACUUUUACGUAUUGAGCAAUCUUAUAUAUGUUCCCAUACAAACUAAAUUGAGUUAGUAAUUAAAUUGAUCAGUCUUGUUACAUAGUUGAUUUAUUAAAUGUUUUGGAUAUCCUGUUUGAUUAAACUUGUUCAGUCAUCAUAAAAUAUUUUUAGAAUAUGUUUUGUUGGAUAAUUUAAAAAAAAAAAUCGUUUUUUGACUAAUUCAGAAUCAGCUACAGCGCAGGGUUUAUUUGGGGGGGGGGGGCUAAAUCUUGGGUUUGCUUUUUAUAGAAAUGUUUUCAUACUAACUUUUGUACUUGAUAAUCUUGAAUCUAUUAACAAUAAGUAUUGAACAAUCUGAUAUAUGUUUCAAUAUGAACUAAAUUGAGUUAUGAAUUAAAUUGAUAAGUCUUGUUACUUAAUUGAUUUAUUAAAAUGUGUGGAUAUCCUCAUGUUUGAUUAAACUGUCAUCAUAAAAUAUUGUUAGAAAAUGUUUUGUUGGAUAAUAAAAAAUGAAAUGUUUUUGACUAAUCUAAAUUCAGCUCCACUUCACAGACUAGCACCAGUGCCCAGUAAAUCCUAGUGGUUGUUAAGCCAUUUUAAUUUUAAUUGUGGUUUUAAACUUUUUCAAAUGUUUUAAAUACACAAGCAAGUAAAUCUUAGUGCCGGCACUGGUGUC